CUCACCCUUCACGUUCAGCUAAUCCUAUGCACUAUACCAACCUUCAACCACGCUCACCACCACCUUAGCAGUCAUAUCGCACAACAAAGUUGACGCAGACGGCAAGGAAGCUACUAUACCUUUACCGAUCUCGGCCGACUUCGCCCAUAUACCAACAAGACUUCCAAGGUGUAUGUGGGUAGUCGAAGAUAUCACAGAACCCGCGGACCUUCAUCUGAUUUAGCGCUGAACUGGACUUGGCUCAUUUCUGUGCUGUGGAUUGGCAGCCUCCGACCGGGAAAGGGAGCUCUCUGCUCGGCUGGGUUUUCACCACUUUCUUCGGCCUUUCAAGGAAAGAAGUUUUCUUUGGUGUGCAAGGUCCAGGUCUAGCCGAUCGUUGUCAACCUUACAGAGCUGUCGAGGUUGUCCUCCUUGCCAUUGACAAGUGUUACCCCUAGAACGGCUACCUUACCUCCGUCCUUCUCCUCUUUCUUCUUGAUAUCACCUCUACAUACUUUCAUUUCCACUGUCCCUGCCGCCAUCAUCAUUUUCCAUCCAUCCCACUGCGUCAGCCAAGGUUCUCUUCUGCGUUGUCACGAUGACUGGGGAUGGAGAAGACGUUCAUCCGGGUCCGGUGCCGAAACGAAGUGGCUCAGUUCCAACGUUAAGGGAUGAUCAAGAUCGCAAUAGCUCCAUGGAGGUGUUCGACUCAUCAUCAGCGGCGAGCACUGUGCUUGCCGUACCGACCCAGACAGAGCCGGACGUCGGCAUGCCAGAAGCUCCCAAAAUGUCGUUGCUAGGGAAGCGCCAGAGUCGCGAGCAUGCUGUCGAUUCCGAGCACUCUUCCGAGUCUGGUGCAAACGUCAAAAAGGUGAAGCUGGCGCAGGACCGGGCCAGACAAGCUGUCGCAUCAAACAAGCUGCCGAAGGAUAAGUCUCGGUUGUCUGCUGAGGUUUGGCAUCAUAUCUUCAGUUUCUGCCCCCCACGAUCACUGGGCAAUUUGCUACGCGUUAACAAAUUGUUCAACCAUUAUCUUGAUCCUUCUUCGUCACUGGUCAACAGAGAAGUUCCUCUUCCAACCGCCAAGGGAGUAUUGGGUUUCCUCAAGCCAAAUGUCAUCUGGCAGCUAUCCAGGCGGCUUUUUUGGCCACAGAUGCCUGCCCCUCUUCGGUCAAUGGCCGAGAUCGAUAUGUGGCGGCUCGCUUGCUCACUAAAGUGCCAAAAAUGCAACAAGCAACCGGCACAAAGCCAUGCUGCUUUGUCUGAAACAUGCUCUACAGCAGCUGCUCCUUGUCUAGGCCCGGGCCUGAAUGGUGUUGCUGUCAUCUGGCCGUUCGCUAGUCGCCUCUGCGGCCGCUGCUUGGUAAUGACCUCGACCAAGGAAAUCGACUUCAUGGUCACUCAAUCUACCCCCUCCGCAGUUCUUCAAGGAAUUGCGUUCGCCUACGUAACGCCAGACCUCCGCAUUCAGCCAUCCAAUACGUCUAACACAGAUAAACUAAAAUUGUUUUCCGCCACCGACGUCGCCGAAGUGAACAAGGAGUUCCAUGACGUCCAAGCCCUCGGUCCUGGAGCCAUGGACGAAUGGAUGAAGGGCCUCAAUAACCGUGGCUAUGUUAACACCAAAGUCUCGUCGAUCCCGAAUUCAAACUCCGCAACGCCUGCCGCAUCGCCAACCUCUUAUCCAAUUGCUCUACCCGCAACCCGAGCACAAGUGCCCUCAUCGCAGGCUUUGUCUCAACCACGACAAGAAAGGACCGCCGAGGAGGUUGCUAAACUCAAGGCCAUCAGAAAGGCUGAAAUUGAGCGACGGGCUCUACUCUUGGAUCCUCCCCUUACACCCGAUGUCCUUCGGCAUCUUCCUGCGUUCGAAGCGGCCAUGCAGAUUGUCCUCCCGUUCCAGGACAAGGAUUGGGAUUUUCUUAAGCCUAGACUCCUUACCCAACGAGGUGAGGCAGAACACCGACACCCUGGACUGCUUGUGGUCAAAGAAGAGGCUCAGCAGAAUCGCACCGAGCGUCGUCAACUCGAGGCGACACUGGCAACAACGAAGGAGGCGCGGGAACUCAUAGAUAAGCAAUGGGAGGAGACGCAAGCGCCAUUGCGUGUGAGAAUAGCCGGUCUUGCUGACGAGGCAAUUCGUGAGACUUGGGGAAAGGGCAAGAAAGUGACAAGGGAUAACUGCGCCAAGUUUGCCGUUGAUGUUCUUUGCUACAUACGAAAACGUUUCUAUGCUGAGGUCGCCGAGAAGGCCGCUGCUGCUCACUCCGUCGGCCGAGAAGUCCCGGUCGAUCCUCCAGAGGGCCCCUUCACCCAAAAGCUUACCUUGGAGAACAUGAAGUGGAUUUUUGAUACCAAGAUCAAGCCUCAUACGGAGUCAUACCGCAAAGAGCUUUUCUAUUGCAAUGGGUGUGACUCAAAUGCGAAAACAUUUGGCUUUGAGGGAGUAAUCCAACACUACGCAGCCAAACACACGACUGCUCUCAGCUUAGGCACCAUCGUUGUUCAUUGGAGGGCAGAGUGGCCGCAAUACCCUCCUUUUCGUUAUGAGCAUCGACUCUCCAAACAACCACCUCACAACCACGGCUUCCGACCAUCUUUUGUUGGUAGCUUGGGAGUGCCUGUGUUGCCACAGGGACACGACUACCCGUCCACGAAUGGACACGCCGGGCUUCCUUCCUUUCAAACCUAUCCAGCACCUGGAUAUCAUACUGCGCUAUAUCCAGAACAGUAUCAGGCAAUCCUUCCGCCAGUUUACCCUCAAGGCCACUAUAAUCCCGCUCCACAGCAGCCCCUUUACGGACAGCCGCCGCUCCCACCACCACCACAGCAGCAGCAGCAGCAGCAGCAGCAGCAGCAGCAGCAGCCUUAUGUAGCUCAGCCGCCCUUGUAUCCGCCUUACCAACAUCCGGCUACAACGUACCCCCCCCUCGCUACCAGCGAGCCGCCACAAGGAUAUGGGCCACCGCCACCUGCGGUACAAGCCUACAACUACAACUCUUUUCAGGCAAAUGCUCACAGUUCGUACCCUGAAAUACAACCUCCUGGAUACCCCGACGGCUACCAGAUCAGGCUCGAGAUAGUUGCUCGGUCAUCGCGCGAAACCUGGAACAGUCUUGGGGUUAUCAGAGACCUGCCAGGCAGCAUUAGGGUCUUCGUCACGAUCCAUCAUCUCGUCAAACGGUUUCAUGCAAUGUUUGGCGAGGUUCCUCCAUUUUCCAUGUUCAUCGAUGGUCUUUCCAACAAUAAGGACAUGCGGCCUGUGCGGAACGUGAACGGACUGGUCUGCAAAGCCUGCCAUCUCAAACUUGGAAAUGCUCCGCACGUGGUGGAAGAACGAAAAGCGUUUUCCAUGCCGCAGCUGGUUAAUCACUUCCAAUCCAAACAUAUCGAGCCUAUGCAGGCUCAGGGAAUUUACCCACUGCUUGACUGGAUCAUGGAUAUGGUUUUGCUCCCUAAUCUCGAAGCACUUUCAAAAUUGAGAACCUGUGGCGAGCCCCAGAGGGGUAUGCUUGCAGAUGCUCUGCCAUAUCUCUUCCAACCCCAUUUGACGUCUGCUCAACAAUACCCUUCACCGUACCCGGUGCUGUCUAAGGGUAGGCACUUCGAGUUCUCGGGACUGGAGCUGAACGGUCUCGCCGGUCGUGAACAACCAUACAAUGGGUCCCCCGCCCCAAGGCAAUAUUUAUCGGCCGGUCAUCCAUCUGGUAGAGACUCCGGCAACAUGGUCCUACCUACCCUCACCAACUAUGUUUCAGAGCAACAACCAAGCUUGAAUCUAUCCGUCCCGGAUAUCUCUGACUUUGGAAGAGACGUGCAAGAGGAAAGCACAAUGGCUGAAGCACGAAACCUUCUUGAUGACAUCAGUGACAUGGAUAAUCAGGACAGGCAUGUGAAUCUUCACCCAGCCAUGGAGAGUGCCCGCUUGUCCUUUGAGGAAGCCAAAAAGGUUGAGGCCGGAACUGAGGAGCAGAACAAGGGAUGGAAUACAAGCAGGACUGAGUCCGGCAAGUCAUAUUCCUCGUACCAUAACUCUGGCGCUGGCGAACAUGCCAAUCGGCCGCGUGAAGCUUCAUUAGUUUUUCAUCCAGCAACCCACACGCCUCCACGACCCUCGAUGGCGGUUAGUCGGGCAAUGCAACCCCUGUCGAUUACUGGACACGAAGAAAUGUCAAGUUUACAGCACCAAGGACACCCUUCGGCGGUUGACCAUCGACAUAGAAAUUUGAAUGAUCGCUCUUACACCAUCGAGCACGGAAUGGCCGCAGUCUCGGGCGCCGCACCCCCGUCGAGAAUCUAUGAUCGCUACGACGAGGAUUCCAGACGUUCGAGGUCCCCGGUGUACGGUACCAGUUACCAGUCGGUCCCGGCGGGAAGAGAUCGAAGUCUGUUGAUGCAGCAGGUAGCACCAGCCUAUCUCUCUGGGGCUAGGGUACCUCCUCUGAACGACGAGGUGGAGUACAGCCGCUAUCGUUUACAAACAGUUGUGUCGGGAUAUGUCCCAAGGCGAGCUGACACUGAGGUAUAUGGCCGACCUCCUCCCCGGCCGGAGUAUCAUGAUCAAGACCAAAUCCCUAGACCGGAGUACUACCGCAAUUUGGUAGACGCCCGGUCUCAGUCACGGCCACUGGCACCAGCACUGCCUGCCGACACAUAUGAGAUCGUGCAAGUUAGGGACGAGCGAGGAGAGUAUCUCAUCCGGCGCCCCGUACGACGGGACUCGGCAGCCCAAUCUUUCCAAGAUGCGGGACGUAGGGCCCAUCGGGACGCGAAUCCUGACGGUGCGGCUUCAUAUGCUGACAGCGAGCAGCCUGUCUGUACCGCGGAUUCGCGCGAGGCUCCAUCCGCAGCAUGUACUAGACAUGGUACUUUGGUGAGAGAGGACACAGAGCGAGUAGCCCGUGGAAGGGAUCCUUACUAUGACGAAUAUGACCCUCGAUUCCCGGGUGCCUCGUGAGCCUGGUUUGGCGCAAAAUGUGUGCGUUUUGGCUUCGUUUGCCCUGAGCUUAUAAUACGAGGGGUAAAAGGGGGUUAUCUUCGGUCCAUCUUACGAGCAUUUUUUAAAUGGGUUUCUCAAAUUAUCUUGUUUUAAAAGAUUGCGUUGCGCGGCUAUGUCGGUCUGGAGGAAUUUGACUGGGAAAGGGAAGAUAUCAAGAUCGACAAGCAACGAAAGAUAGAAUGGGCGUUGUCAGUGUGACACGUAUCCAGAAGCGGUCUAAUAGAGAAGCUCCAACGGAGUGAUAUUCAGGUACCAGAAAAAUGCAAGGUACCAAUUACCGAGACGAUCAUUCCUACGGUACCCGUCCGUGUAGAGGCGUGUUUGUCGCUCUAAACGAUUGGGCAUCAUGCAGACCAGAGUCACACAUAGUCGAUUCGGUUUCAUUGUUCC